GCGGAUCUCCUCGAAGAUACUGUCGUGCAAGCAAUCGCUACCGCACGAGCAAAUAUAGCCGAGCGUGAAAAGAAUGCACCUGUCGUUGUUGGUGGUGAGUUCAUUAGAUUUUCUGAGGAACGAGGUAACAUCCCUGAUACUCAGAAAGCAAAUGCAGAAGCAGAAAUGGAGCAGCUCAAAGGAGAUCUUCUGUCAGAAGUGACCAAGAUCAUGGUGGAAAAGCUCGGGGUCGGCGUACUUGACGAACUUAGCGAGCUUAACAUUGAUGAUCUUCUGACUGAAGCAAAUGUAGCAAGGAAGAAGCGUGGGACUUCAGCAUGUGGAAUCACAGACUGCGCUGAUCCGAACAGCAACGGGAUUCGAACAAUAACUGGUAAAUGCAACAACGUGAAGAAUCCGAUGCAAGGGGCGGCAGUGACCCCUGUUCGCCGCCUUCUUGGAAAACCCAGCUACGCAGACGGGAGCAAAUCCUGCGUUUGA